GCUAGUCAAGUAAAAGAAAACCGAAAAAAUCCCAUUUAUUUUGCUGAUAGUGCGUAUUAUUCAAUGUUUAAUCACCUCAGUGGGUUUCGAAUUACGCUUAAAAAAUUUAGUACAAGACCAUUGGCUAUUCAUUGUAACAAAAUUGCAUUGGAGCUUGGAAAAUUAGAGCGAUUUUGUGCGCCCGGUACUUUUCUAACCUCUCGGUUUACCGCACUACCUCAGCUUUGUCGAUGUCAGUGUUAUUAUUCCACAAAUAAACUUUCGUCAAUAAAGAGUGUAAUCGACGAUAAAUCGAAUUGCUACAGUAUGCCUUCUAUGACAAAAUUCAAUUAUCCGAAAGCUCGUCGUGACGAGACUGCCGUUGAUGUUUAUCAUGGCGUUGAAGUUCCAGAUCCGUACAAAUGGCUUGAAGAUCCAGAUGCUGAAGAAACAAAAGCAUACGUUGAUGCCCAAAAUGCAAUCAGUUUACCAUUUAUUCAUGCCUGUCCUAAACGCCAAGCAAUUCAUAAUCGCCUAAAGCAACUUUGGGACUUUCCAAAAUAUUCAUGUCCAUCUAGAGAAGGAGACAAGUAUUAUUUUUUUAUGAACACAGGAUUACAAAAUCAAAGUGUUUUGUAUGUACAAAACUCCUUGGAUGGAGAACCAAAAGUUUUUCUUGAUCCAAAUACCUUUUCCGAUGAUGGCACUGUAGCUAUAUCUGAUGGACAAUUUAGUGAAGAUGGGAGCAUAUAUGCCUAUGGCUUAUCAUCUAGUGGGUCAGACUGGAAAAAGAUUCAUUUUAUAAAUGCUAAAACUGGUAAAAAGUAUCCUGAAGUAUUGGAGAAAGUUAAGUUCUCAUCAAUAAGCUGGACUCAUGAUAAUAAAGGUGUUUUUUAUGCUUUAUAUCCUGACCAUGCUGAAAAAUCUGAUGGUUCUGAAACUGUUCUCAAUAAAAACCAGAAAGUAUAUUAUCAUAAAGUGGGAUCACCUCAAACAGAAGAUGUUUUAGUGGUGGAAUUUCCUGAACACCCACAAUGGAGAAUAUCGGCAGAAGUUACGGAUUGUGGUAGAUGGCUAAUUGUUUCACCACAGCUAGAGUGUCAAGAUAACAUGGUUUUCUUCACCAAGUUAAAUCCCAAUGAAGAAAUAAAAGGAAAACUGAAGCUAACUGAAGUAAUUGGUACUCUAGAAGCUGAUUAUGAUUAUGUAGCUAAUUUUGGUACAAGAGCUAUUUUUAGAACAAACAAGAAUGCUCCCAAUUACAAAUUGAUUAGUAUUGAUUUGGAAAAUUUUGAAAAAGGUAAUUGGUCAGAAUUAAUCGCAGAGCAUCCACGUAAUGUUUUGAACUGGGCUUGUGCAGUUGACGGGGAUAAGCUUGUUGUCUGUUAUCUGGAAGAUGUUAAGAGUAUAUUAGGCGUAUAUAGUUUAGAAACUGGAAAGUUACUUAAGCAGUUACCUCUUGAUGUCGGAACCAUUGUUGGCUUUUCUGGAGACAAAAAGUAUUCAGAAAUAUUUUACAAAUUUACGUCGUUUUUAACUCCUGGAAUUAUUUAUACUGUAGAUCUUAAAAAAGAAGAACUGCCAAAGGUGUUCAGAGAAAUCAAAGUCAAUGACUUUGAUGCUAGCUUAUACAAAACUGCUCAAAUCUUUUAUCCUAGUAAAGAUGGAACAAAAAUUCCAAUGUUUAUUAUAACCAAGAAAGAUGUUGUAUUAGAUGGUUCGUCUCCUUGUUUGCUUUAUGGAUAUGGAGGCUUCAAUGUUAGCAUUCAACCUGCAUUUAGUGUCACAAGACUAGUCUUUUUACAGCACCUUAAUGGUAUUGUGGCUAUUCCAAACAUUCGUGGUGGAGGGGAAUAUGGUGAAAAGUGGCACAAUGGCGGUCGUUUUAGUAACAAACAAAACGUCUUUGAUGAUUUCCAAUGUGCCGCAGAAUACUUGAUUGAAAAUCGGUAUACUUCAGCCAAGAAGAUAAUAAUUCAAGGUGGCAGUAAUGGAGGGUUGUUGGUAGCAGCAUGCCUUAACCAAAGGCCUGACUUGUUUGGUGCUGCUAUUGCUCAAGUUGGAGUGAUGGAUAUGUUAAAGUUUCACAAAUUCACAAUUGGAUAUUGCUGGACAUCAGAUUACGGCUCUGCCGAUGAUCCUGAGCAUUUCAAAGCUUUAAUUAAAUAUUCGCCUCUACAUAACGUCAAACCGCCAAAAGACGGAGGUCAAUACCCGGCGACGUUGUUACUUACUGCAGACCAUGAUGAUCGCGUUGUUCCUCUGCAUAGUUUGAAACUAAUUGCAACGUUACAACACGAAAUCGGACAAUUGCCGCAGCAAACCAACCCUUUACUAAUUAGGCUUGACGUCAAAGCCGGGCACGGUGUAGGAAAACCAACCUCAAAAGAGAUUGAAGAGUAUACCGACAUUUUGGCGUUUAUAGUUCAAACGUUGAAUCUUGAUUUCAAAGAAGUAUAAGUGAAACUGCAUUUAUAUUUCGCAAUUGAUUAAAACAGAAAAUAUUUAUUCUUGACUGCAAGAUGUUACAUUUCUUCAUCGCAAGGUUCAUGGAUAUUCUUGUCUAUUCUUAUACUUGUGAACGUAAUGUAUUGUUUGAGUAUAGAAAGUUUUCGUUUUGCAAUAAA